AAUUUUUGGAUCCCAAACUCAUCACGAUGUACCCAAAAUGCUAAAUUCUAUCUAUCAAAAUAACUUAUGUCGUUGGAUAGGACUCGCCAGCCUAAUUUUAUCGAAUUUGUCCCGAGAGCAGUUAAUUGUGAUAUUUUUGCAAUUUCUACAAAAUUGUAGAAGUUGUGCAAGUCGUUCCUCUUCCAGUUUGAACUAGUUUUCAAUGCUUGGUACUGUUAUUGAUGUGCUCUUAGAAAAUUUUGAUCACGCUAUCAUAAAUCCACCAAACUCUUGUGGAGAGAUUACGAUGAGGAUCCCUGUUGCUUGUAGGCCGAGUCUUCUGAUGUGAGAAAAGUUCUGGAGCCCCCUCCUUGCCGUCGUCGCCGGCUCUUAGUUCGAUGCGAAGCAGCUUGUGGAGCAGCAUGAGGUGUCGAAGAGCAUACUGGAGCUGCCGAUUAUUGUAGAGUCUGACACUCCCAGCGGCAGCUUCGAAAGGAAAUUUUGUGAAGUCCAAGUGAACCUUGAAUUGAAGGAGGGUUAAGAAAUCGGCUAUAUCGAGGAUGUCGAGUCCGCUUCUUUUGAAGCCGUGGAAGAAAACUAGUUGUUGGAAUUCGCGAAGGCGAUCCUUGUGAACGCAAUCAUGUGGAUGUUGCUUGCCUUCUGGCACGAUUCGACCAAGAUGGGCCAGGCCGUUGACCCCAACACACUGGUGCAGGAAUUCUUCGGCUUGAGCGACACACCUCAAGAGUUCAAGAGCUUGUAGCUCGAGCAGCAUGGGACGGCACCAAACACUUCGUUAUCGGAGAUGAUACCAUAUUCGAGGUUCUGGAAGAAGACACCCUCUUGGGCCUGCCCACCGAGAGAGUGCUCAUCCGUAUUGGCGUGUAGAAUGCCUACAGCCAUGAGAACGGUCGAAGCUCAUCCUGACUCGAAUGUGAACAGAACCCCAUUCGUACUCUGGUAUGCGCGUUCUUUCUCAAUCAUCCGCUUGUGCACAGCGAGCCCUAACGCGAUUACGGUGCUGAUCUAUUACCGACUGAAGUCUUAUAGAUGCAGCUCGGAUGCAUCAGUCGACGAAAGAUAUAAACUUCACGCCAUUCUGUAAACGCACAUCUCAUUUUCCUGUGGUUUCCUGUCCACGAUUCUGAGAGGAUUGGAGACAAUCGGAGAGUACCGGAUAAUCAGUUACAUUUUCAUGAACAUUUGUCAAGGGGACGUGAGACUAUCGGUUGGUUCUAGUCCAAUUUCCGCGCAAUCUCUAGUGUGCCCAACUUUCUCAAAUCUGCUGAACUCACUUGUGGACAUUGUGAAUCUUUCCCUUUUGGAUUAGCUUCUGAACGUGUAUUAUCUUUUCUCGUGUAAAGAAUCUGAUCAGGAUUUCUCUUGCGAUGGUCAUGGAGCAGGAGAAUUUUGAAAUUCGACUUGAUAUUGUUUUGAAACCUCUCCAAGAGCGUGAGAGGCAGAGCGAAGGAGGGCGUUUUGACUUUAUCGAAACUGCUGUUGAAAUUCGAAAUUACUACCGCACUCGUUAAUGAAUGCAAGCAAAACAUGGGCUCUAUUCAACUAAGUCAAAGGUCUAUCGAGUUAUUCUCUGAACCUGCAACGAGAGAUACUUGCAAGUGGCUACUUAGUUCUGAUUGUUGAGCAAAAACAAAUGUCGCAGUCGCGGAAAAAGUUGUCUAGUGAUUCUAAGAAUGAUUCGGAUCAGCUGUAUGAGAAUUGUGAGCCCAUCGAAAGCGGCAGCACUUCCCAAGUAAGUCAGGGAACAUUUAAGAGCAAUACAGCUUCCAAGGAGCCAAAAUUAAACCCGGAUAAUCUUUCCAAUGAUCGAAGGGUUCUUCUGGCUAUUACUGUGGAGAUCGAGGACGGAUGUGUGGAGCAUAUCCAGUUGAAAGAAGGCGAUUCUGCGGAAGCAACGGCAAUGAAAUUCUGUCGAGAUCACGCUCUUCCAGAACAAUUUGUAGCACCGCUCACGGAGCAUAUUGUCAGUAACAUCAUCAGUAUAAGCAAGGAAGAAGGGGAUAUUUUGUUCCAAUCUCAAGGAGAUUCCCACAUUUCAAACGACGAGAAUUCAGCUGUGCACAGUGAUGCUCCGUACAGCUCUGAGACGCACGGAUCCAAUGUAGUCGAUUCUUUGCCCAAGGCCCAAGAUUUCGGAGGUAAGCCUGUGAAAGCAGAAACGAGCGCUCUACUGGCAAGACGUGAACAUCGAAGUAUAGAUCGGCCAUUCAUGGCGUCGCAGAAAACAAACAGAGACCACGGUAGUUACCAACGUUGUAUACCCCGCGACGUUGAAGGGAUUAAAGCACGAAAGGAAACAAGGCGCAAAAAACAUAGGAAGAAAAUAUCGGAGCGAUUACUGGCUCCUACGAUCACAAGCUUAGCCAAAUGUGGAGUACCUGUAAGGGAAUGCAGACCGAGAAUCUGUCACCCUCGGCCUCCCUCUGAAAUGAUGGGUGCUCAACAGCAAGCUGUGUAUAUGCGUCUCUACACCGAACAUACAAGACAUGAGCAAAGAUCGAGGGAGGAAGUGAAACGCAGCAGGGCCAUGUACCAGGAGAAUGUUGUGAGAAGGAGGAUGGGUCUUUCUAAGAGAACUUGUAGAUUGACGCGAAUGCGUGGAAUGAUAGCUAAACAAUACAAGAAUUAUGGAGAGUUGUUGUAUGCUGAGGGUCUCAAUAUGAGGCAGAAACACAUGAAGGCCGUGGCUGACAAGCAAAAGCAAGAUGAGGCAAAGGAGCUGGAUGGAGUCACGUUGAAGCCUAAGAUCAGCGAAAGGGCCAAAAACAUAAAAAGAGCUGAAGGUCAUGUUUGGAGUAGGCUUCAAUACGAUGACAAACCAAAGCAAGACCAACUGCAAGAGCUUCGACAAGAGGUGUGGAAGGAGAAGCUAACGGAGUGCACUUUCAAACCACGUAUUAAUUCACAAAAGAAGUACGACGAUCAACCCCAGCAAUUUGGUGAUGCAAACUAUAGUGAUCGCUUUGAACAGCUUUUUCUAGACGCUGAGAACCGUAGACGUCGUCGAGCAGAAUACAUGGAAUCAUUUCCUGAAGGGGUGACUUUCCAGCCAACUAUCAACAGGUAUCUGCCGUAUUGGGCAAUGAUGGAAGAGGAUUGGCAGUUCGAGCAAUCUGUCUUUCGAAGACUUCUGGACAAUGCUGCGGUGUUGAUGGAGAAGAAGCAAUUGCUAGAGCAAAUGGCACAUAGACCACUUGAUCCACGUACUGGUAGAGCUCUAUAUACGCCUAUCACUGGCCGCAAGCCGCAAAAUAGAAACCUUGGACACUUGCCUAUUGGAGAAUACCUGUAUAGGAUGAAAUUUGCUUUUGACAGAAAAAUCAGGAUUUUAGCUGCUAGAGAUUACAAAAUGAAGAAAGAAAGAGCUCUAUGCCGGUAUGUUGGACCAAAGUCUCAGAAGCUGAUUCAGCGUAUAAAAGAGCGUGGUUUCAAGCAGGUCUUUGAUUUCCUGGAUGAAGACAAGGACGGCUACGUGGACCUUACCACCGCCAAUUUCGAUCGCUUAAACGAGGAUGUAAUAGAUGAACUUACUCGAAUGAGGAAUACGGAAGGAGGCAAUGGGGGAGAAGAAAAGAUACUAGACUUUGAGAAAUUUGUAAAACUCAUGCUUGUUGCUGAGAGUAAAUAUAAUUGUGGCCAACAAGUACAUCAAUGCCUGAAACACAAGCUUAAUCCUGAUCAAUAUAACUUCCCCUUCCACUCAGAGAUGGACCAGCUUUCCCGAAAUCUUGCGACUAGGAGGCGGAAAUAUAGGACACAUCAUGAAUGGGUCAAAAUAAUAAUUGAGGAAUUUGAUAAGAGACAUCAGAAAGUGGAGGUAUGGAGGAAGGAAAGGCAAGACCUAGAGAUGGCAGAAUGCACUUUUAAGCCUGAGAUUAGUAAUUACAGAUUAAAAAAGAUCUCUGAGGACGGUAAAUGUGGAAACAAUGUUGAGACAAUCAGCGACACGAAUGAGAAGGCAAAGCAAGAAAUGCACGGGUUUUACAUUCAAGGUGAUCAAAAUGGGCCUGAGUUGUUGGGAAUACCAGCACCGUUAUCUCCUCCGAUGACUUCUUCAUCGUCCUCGUCACGUACAUGUGUUUUACGAACAAUAGACACAUCAGUUUCUUCGAGUAGAAGCGGAAGAAGAAGUAGUUCAGCACCUGGGUUUGAUAUAGUAGCCGAGUUGGACGAUUUGCCGACAGCGGGCAACUCUGUCGCAAGGAGAAGCAUGUUUUUCAGUCUCAUGGGGGCCUGAGAGCAGCGGAUUUGACGCUUCAGGGACUAGAAGUUUAUAUUCCAAAUAUAAAUCAGUAAAGAACUUGAGAAACAGGCUUUAAGACCUACGGAAGCAUAUUAAGAUAUAUACAUUUGUUUAUUAAAGGAGUUCACCCUUAUGUUCCAAAAACAAAAAAAACAAAACAAAACAAUUUGUAUGUAAUACAUGACAAGCAUUGAAUGUU